GCUCCUCCCGUCCCGUCGCGGCCGCGGCCGAUGCAGUUGGCGAUGAGCGCGUGCAGCAGGAAGGCGCUGACCCUGCUCAGCAGCGUGUUCGCCGUCUGCGGCCUCGGCCUGCUGGGCAUCUCCGUCAGCACCGACUACUGGCUCUACCUGGAGGAGGGCAUCGUUCAGCCCCAAAACCAGACGGCUGAGAUCAAGCUCUCACUGCACUCGGGGCUCUGGAGGGUCUGCUUUCUGGCAGGUGAGGAGCGUGGCCGGUGCUUCACCAUCGAAUACGUCAUGCCCAUGAACAUCCAGCUGACCUCUGAAUCCACAAUGAACGUCCUGAAGAUGAUCCGCUCUGCCACCCCCUUCCCUCUGGUCAGCCUCUUCUUCAUGUUCAUCGGCUUCAUCCUCAGCAACAUCGGCCACAUCCGGCCUCACAGGACCAUCCUCGCCUUCGUCUCGGGGAUAUUCUUCAUCCUCUCAGGUCUGUCACUGGUGGUGGGGCUGGUCCUCUACAUAUCCAGCAUUAAUGAUGAGGUGCUCAACAGGACCAAGGACUCGGAGUCGUUCUUCAAUUACAAAUAUGGGUGGUCCUUUGCCUUUUCUGCCAUCUCGUUCCUUCUCACAGAGAGUGCCGGGGUGAUGUCCGUGUACCUGUUCAUGAAGCGCUACACGGCCGAGGACCUCUACAGACCCCACCCCGGCUUCUACCGGCCCCGCCUGAGCAACUGCUCCGACUACUCGGGGCAGUUCCUGCACCCGGACGCGUGGGCGCGGGGCCGCAGCCCCUCGGACAUCUCCAGCGAGGCGUCCCUGCAGAUGAACAGUAACUACCCAGCCCUGCUCAAGUGCCCCGACUACGACCAGAUGUCGUCGUCCCCGUGCUGA